AUGGCGCCGUCCUCAGAAACUCCUCGCCUCACACCAAGCGAUUUCCUCGCCCAACUCACAACCCUCUUCACCAGUACAACCACCGCAAACCACGGCUCCGUCUUUCUCACCCAAAAAGCCCUCUUCGGCGCUCCCUCGCCAGAUACCGACACCGCAAUGACCAGCGAUACAUCAGCCGCGCCAAAGAUAUUAGUGCGAGCCACGAACGGCGCCGCAACCCCCAAAACCCACCACACCAAAACCCAAGCGAGGAAGUUGGAAGGAAAGAAGGUGAAGAUCAGUACAGUGAUUGAGGCAAGCGAGGCGGAAGAGUUCUUUGCGAAACUUGCCGAGACGUGCAAAACAAGCAUGACCGGUCUCAGGAAGAGGGAAAGGAAGCCCAAGAAGAAGGGUGGGAAGAAGAAGGCCGGUGGGAAAUGA